GCUCCCACACGCGCUGCGCCCGCGCCCGGCCGCCGGGGUCCCCGCGCGCCCCAUGUCCUCCGCGCCCCUGCGCUCUCCCGCCCUGCGGCCCCACAGGAUGAAGAAGGACGAGUCGUUCCUGGGCAAGCUGGGCGGCACGCUGGCGAGGAAGAAGAAGGCCAAGGAGGUGAGUGACCUGCAGGAAGAAGGGAAAAAUGCCAUCAACUCGCCAAUGUCCCCUGCCUGGGUGGAGGUCCACCCUGAAGACACCUUGCUCGAGGAGAACGAAGAGCGCAUGGUGAUCGACCCCACCUCCAGGGACGACCCCAGAUUCAAGGAGCUGGUCAAGGUUCUCAUCGACUGGAUCAACGAUGUGCUGGUGGAGGAGAGGAUUAUUGUGAAGCAGCUGGAGGAGGACCUGUACGACGGGCAGGUGCUGCAGAAGCUCCUGGAAAAACUGGCAGACUGCAAGCUGAACGUGGCCGAGGUGACCCAGUCCGAAAUAGGGCAGAAGCAGAAGCUGCAGACGGUGCUGGAGGCCGUGCAGGAGCUGCUGCGGCCCCACGGCCGGGCGCUCCAGUGGACCGUGGACUCGAUCCACGGGAAGAACCUGGUGGCCAUCCUCCACCUGCUGGUGGCCCUGGCCAUGCACUUCCGGGCCCCGAUCCGCCUUCCCGAACACGUCUCCGUGCAAGUGGUGGUCGUGCGGAAGCGGGAAGGCCUGCUACACUCCAGCCACGUCACGGAGGAGCUGACCACGACCACCGAGAUGAUGACGGGUCGGUUCGAGCGGGACGCCUUCGACACGCUCUUCGACCACGCCCCGGACAAGCUCAGCGUCGUGAAGAAGUCUCUCAUCACGUUUGUGAACAAGCACCUGAACAAGCUGAAUUUGGAGGUCACGGAACUAGAGACCCAGUUUGCAGAUGGCGUGUACCUGGUUCUGCUCAUGGGGCUUCUGGAAGACUACUUUGUUCCCCUGCACAACUUCUACCUGACCCCCGACAGCUUCGAUCAGAAGGUCCACAACGUGUCGUUUGCCUUUGAGCUGAUGCUGGACGGAGGCCUUAAGAAGCCCAAGGCUCGCCCCGAAGAUGUGGUGAACCUGGACCUCAAAUCCACCCUGCGGGUUCUUUACAACCUGUUCACCAAGUACAAGCACCUGGAGUGAUGGCGGGGAGCGGCAGAGACCGAGGCGGGGAUGGUGCUUCGGGAGGUGCCCUGGCCUCCCCUCCAAGCCCGCGGUUCUUCCCCACCCCCACCCCACCUUUGUCUGGUGGAUGCUCUUAUCCUCCUUUCCCUGUAAUUCCCCAGCGGGCGGCAUCCUUUGAAAUGCAGGUUGCAAACACCAGUGCUCAAGUUUGCAGCCUCCCUUCACCUGGGGUGCUGAGUCCCUUGUUGAUCAAAAGAUGCAAAAGAAAGAAGCCAAAACCCCAACCCUCAGCCCCAGGGAGGGGGCGUCCGGCGCUCCUCCUGACAACCUUCAGUGAUCACAGGGGAUUGGAGAUGCACUGGCAGGUUUGCAGCGUGGCAAUGGCUUGUCUGUCCUGGUGGAAGCUCCUGGGUGGGGCUCUCCUAGCAGCCAGGCCUUUUUACUAAAAAGCAUUUCGCAGUUUGAAAAACUUCACUCUUAAGUCCCAGAAGCUUUAGUUGUGACCAGGGUCCACCCACAUCCCUGCUUCUCGGCCACUCCGUGCUGUUUUCUUUUAGCUUCUGCACAGACAUCUGGAACCCAGAGGACCUAGCUGCCACGGUCCGUGGGAGGACGGAUUUCUGAGGCAUUUCGUUAUUUCUCUCUGCGGCCGAGUGGGCUGUGUCGAAGCCGGCUCUAAAAUGCAGCUGGAGACGGCUCCGGUGGGAAGUUUCCAGUCCCGGAGGCCCUGUUUGGGGAUGGAUGCAUUUUCAAAAAACCUUUAGAAAGCAGGGUGUUUUAGUUUGCUUGGGCUGCCGUAGCAAAGUGCCACAGACGGGGGGCUUAGACAGCAGACAUUUCUUCUCUCUCAGCUCUGGCAGCUGGAAGUUGAGAUCAAGGUGUCAGCGGAGUUGGUACCUUCCGAGCCUCUCUCCUGGGCUUGUAGAUGCCAUCUUCUCCCUGUAUCCUCACGUGUCUGCCCUCUGUUUGUCUGUGUCCUAAUCUCUUCUUAUAAGGACACCAGGCAGAUUGGAGUGGGGUCCACCCUAAUGACCUCAUUUUACCUUAAUUACCUCUAUGAAGACCCUGUCCCCAAAUACCAUCACAUUCUGAGGUCCUGGGGGUUAGGACUUCAACAUGUGGGUUCUGGGGAGACACAGCUCAGCCUGUAACAGGGAGACACGAAAUGUUCACCUCUCUCCUCCCCAGGUCCCAGCUUUCUGGAAUCUGUGGGCAUCCUUGGGGCACCCUGUUGAAAGAAAUGGGAUUCCUCAUUUGUGUGCUACUCACCCCUCGCCCACCUUGGCUCGGGAGAGAAAUGGGGACCCAUUGACUAGGUCUCAGGCGGGUCCUACGCUGGGCUGCCCGUCCCCCAACCCCUGGCCCCUGAGCUGAGGUUUUUAUGACACGCCACAGGAAGAUGGGCCUUUCCCUACUCUUUGAUUUUCGCCUACCUGCUGUAGAUCAGAGCUGUUGAGUUAGUUGUUAAUAUUAAAUUGAAUACCAACCUGCAAGACUUAGAAAACACUUUCAUAUUCUGUCUCAGCUUAGGCAGCUGCCAGGCUGGGGAUGGGUUCAGAAUAGCCAUUUUGAUGGAGGUGGUUACCCAGCGGGGGAAAGAAAUAAUUAAAAUGGCAUUACGGUGUCUCCUGCGGGAUGCGGUGACAUUUGAGAACCACAUUGAGAAAAUAGCCGAGGCUGGAACAUUCUGUGCUGCCUUCUUACACACGUAGAAUCACGGUGACUGCGGCCGGUGGAGGCCCGGCCACCUGCCUUGUUCACAGGUGGGCUUGGCAAGGGUGUUGCCAAUUCCUGGGGGCCCUGGGGGAGGUGGGGCGAUAAAGGAGGUGAGGUCGGGGUUUGGAAAGAAGCCUGGGGCGUUCAGCCCAGGUGGGCAGCUCCGGUCUGUUCUUAAGCCUUGGAGGGGAGGGAUUGGUUACUCUGGGGGUGAGCGUGGGGUGGGGGGUUCAGCUCCCGGGGCAGGGAGCCCACCCUAAGCCAUCUGUGUUUCAAGUAGGAGAGUAACAGGAGUGCUAAUGUGGGAAAACUGCAGACAGGCACUUUCGUCCCGUCAUGCUGACUGCUGGCCAUGGUCCAACCAAGAAUGUGAUCUAGUCUCCAAAUUAUUUUUUUUCAGACUGGUGCGAAUGUGUAGGUGUGCCUUCCGCCCGCCUGUGAAGGGCCCCCUUGGUCCGUUCACCUCUCGUUUCCCUCCCUUCACUGUCUGGUUUGACAGAAUUGAAAGCGGGGCCUGGAUGGACGCAGGGGUGGGGGUGGGGAAGCAGUUCCCCGACAGAAGUCAGGGUGAACUCUGUGGAAGGGAGACUCCUCCUCUUGGGGUCCACCCAUCGACCCUGUUGGCUGGAGGACAGUAGUUGCCUGGAUGUGAGUUUCAGGGCCUGGGAUGUCCCCACUGUGGAGUGCCACACGCUGAAGCAUCUUCCUGGGGUAACUGAGGCAGCAGAAACCACUUCCUUUUGAUUCUUGUUGGGGGUUCCUUGGAAUUCAAAUGCUUCCCUCUUAGUCCUUAAUUGAAGAAAGUUCUGGAACGCUUCCUCCUCCACAGACCCCCAUUUUUAGUGAAUGGCUUCCCCCCCUGAAGAGGGACCCUUCUCCUCAGGGACUACGUGGAAGCAAGAUCCUUUGUGUCCCUGCAGCGAUGGGCCAAGGUUGUGAAAUGCCUCCUUUAUUGUUCUCAGGGUGGCGUGUCUUUGAACCUGCCCCAGUGGUUCUGGGGACCCCCACUGGUUUUGGGGAACCUGCUCACAGCCCUGGUUCCCCCCAACAACUGCACAGCAGCACGCAAGCACUGAGCCCGGAGCCCCACACGCCCUGCGGUCCUCACUGGAUGUGACACAGAGCUGUGUUGUUUUAAAGCAACCGAAUCCUCUUCCCCGGUUUGUGUGCCAGUAUUUUUAUUGUCCUUUUAAUUGUUUUCAGCAGUGUUUACUUUGGAUUUCUGGGUAUUAAAUAAAAGC